AAGCUGUUAUUAAUUGUAGUUUUUAGUAAACUAUUUGUUAUAAAUUAGGUCUAUACUAUCGAAGCUAAAAAAUUUUUUCUAAUCAGAUUCAACUGUAAUGGCUUUAAGCCGUGGAGGAUUUGAAACUCAAUUUAGUGGAAUAAAUUCUUAUUCAAAUAUUGGGAGAAAGCCUCCAGAUCUAUCUCCACCGGGAAACAGUUAUACAUCAAAUUUUAUGAGCAGCAAUAAUAAAGUUGGUUUUUUUAAAAAAGAUGAAAAUGAAGGUGAUGGUGAUUCUUUUUAUGGAAAAAAUUUUUUGCAAAGAAAUAAUAGUUCCAGUGAUUCAUUAUCGAAUCAAAUGUCUGGUAUGAAUUUAUAUGGUAAUUCUAUGUCACUGUCUUCUUCAGCAUUCAAAACAAAAGAACAAACAGAAAGAUCCAAUUCACCUAAUUGGGUGUCAGGAUGGGGACAAACAGAUCCUAAUGCAGAUUUGUGGAAUAGAUCAACUCUAGGAAGUUCUUCAAAUUUAAAUAAGGUUUCUGGAAAUAAUGGGUUUUCACAAGGAUUUAGCAGCUCUGGUUUUUCAAAUCUUCCAACAUCUUCACGGUCUAACUCUACUAGCAGUAAUUCAUUAUUACAACUUCAAUUUUCUAGAAGCAUGUCAUCACAAUCAAACAAUAUCUUUUCAUCUACUACCCAAUCUUCUUCUGAUAUUCAAAAUCAUCAACAAAAUCUUAAACUUCUAUCUGGACAAUCAUCACCAAGAAGUGGCCUUUUAUCACUAGGACAUCAACAACAGCAUAUACAAAACUCUCAACAACAGCAACAACGUGGCGUUAUAGGGCAAAUGUCAAUGCAAGGUCAUUCUUCACCAAGCAAUUCUCCAGGACUUGUCAUUGGAAAUAAAAUGAGUGCAAGUCAAACAUCUAGAGCAAUCGGCUUGCCCCCAUCCUCAAUGGGUUUAGGCAGCUCAACUUCUCCUCUUUCAAAUAGUAACUUCCCAGGAUUUAUAGGUGGCCAAAUUAAUAGAAGUAGUAUUUCUAGUAAUAGCACUUUUGGUCAGGGCAUUUUAAGUUCUACUACUCCUUCCACCAAUACAUCUUCAAGUAGAGACUCUAAUUCCAAUAGUCAUGGCAACAUUGGACCUCCUAAUUCAACUGGAGGUGCUACAGUUUUUGACAACGAGUUUCCUGCUUUGGCAAAUAGACUUGGAAACUCAUCUUCUUCUCGACCUGGGCAAAGUUCCUUUUCAUUUGUCAUGUCAACAGGAAAUAAGUCGUUAGAUGCUAAUCAAGAAUUUCAAAUUCAAAAUGAAGACUUUCCUGCAUUACCUGGUGCAACACAACAACAAAUGCAAUCUGACGGUAGUGCUCUUGGCGGCGGCAUACAAGGAAUUACACAAUCCACUUCUUCAACAUCAAAUACUCUCCAGCACCAAGAUAGUAAAGAAAAUUUAACAACAGAAAAUUAUGGUUUAGGUUCUUCUUAUGAGCAAAUUCUCAAAGAUGGCAGGUCGGUUGACAAAAAAACAAGAACUUCUAUUUCUGGUAUCCAGACAAACUCAUCGGGUGUCAUAACUAAUAUUCCAUCAGGUAUGGUAACUGACCAAUUUGGUAUGAUUGGAUUACUUACAUUUAUUCGAGCUGCGGAGACAGAGCCUAAUCUUGUAACUUUGGCACUUGGCAGUGAUUUGACUACCCUUGGAUUGAACCUUAACUCCACAGAGAGUCUUUAUCACACGUUUGGUUCACCAUUUUCAGACUCUACUUGUAAACCACAUGAAAUAGAUUUUUAUGCACCUCAAGAAUAUCUUAUAAGUUCGUAUAUAAGAGAUAAAUUAGCUCCUAUUAAACUCGGACGUUAUGGUGAAGAUCUUUUGUUUUAUUUAUAUUAUACAAAUUGUGGCGAUAUUCUUCAAUUGGCUGCUGCCGCUGAACUAUACGCUCGAGAUUGGAGGUAUCAUAAAGACGAACGCGUUUGGAUCACACGUUUUCCUGGUAUGGAACCUCAAAUCAAAACAGCUUCCUAUGAGAAAGGGACAUAUUAUUAUUUUGAUCCACAAGGUUGGAGAAAAGUAGCGAAAGAGUUUUACGUUGAGUACGACAAGCUAGAAGAAAAACCCACAGCACAAGCAUUGCAACAACAACAAGCGCAACAACAAACACAACAGGUGGCGUAGAUUUUCUCGCAACAUUAUUAUUCUCGUAAGCAUGAAGCUUUUCGUGGAUUUGAUAGUGACUUAAAAGAUAAACAUUCUCGUACUGCAGACAUUUUGAGGUUCGAAACUAGGUCACUCCGAUUUGUAAGAAUGAAUAUUGAAUAUAUGAAUACAUAA